GAGAGGCACACAGAGAAGGAAAGGGAAACUGCCAUCGUUAAGGUCAAGUUUCAUGCACACUUCAAAUGCUUACUAGCUUUCUGAUCUUGGCACCGAGUAAACUAACACCUUUACAAGCUCACAAUCAUGAUAAGGUUCUAUGUCAUAUGCCUUGUUUUGUCUGCAGUCACAAAGAGAGGAGAUUCUCAUUCACUGUGGGUGUUUGCAACGUAUAUCCUGGGAGAUACACAGUUUCCACCAUUCAACGUGGUGCUGAUGCUGGAUGAUGUCCAGGUGGGAUUCUUUUAUUCAAACGAGACUGGACUCAUCAACACAAGACCCUCAAGUGGGGACAAUGACACUCAAUAUCUACGAGACGGUUCCAUUAUCUUUGAAGACAUGUUUCAGAGCAUGAGAAGAAGAGUACAUAUGUUUAAAGACCGGCUCAACAGCUCAGAAGGAUUAAAUGUUCAGCAGAGGCUCGUUGGUUGUGAGAUCUCGGAUCAAGAUCAAGACCAUCAAAUGAUGUCUUCAGAUGCAUUCAAUGGAGUCAAAACAGAGAAGUUGCAAAUUUUGAGUGAAGAGUCCUACAGUCUUGAGAGCACAUGGUCAAUGAAGUUGACUAAAACAAAAGUUGAAUUUGUGAAACAUUUGUACAUAUCCUUUUACCUCCCAGUCUGCAUAAAAACUCUCAAGACCUUCCUCAAGAAAUACCAGAAAGUUGUACUGAGACGAGUCAAGCCCAGACUGAGGCUUUUCCAAAGUGCAGAGUCACCUUCUGGAUCGGUGAAGAUAACGUGCCUGGCAACAGGCUUCUAUCCGCGUCACAUCAACCUGACCAUACUCAGAGAUGGCCAGCCUGCUGUCUCUGACCACCAGAUCAGUGGCGGGGAGCUGCUACCUAAUGGAGAUGAAACGUACCAGAUGAGGAAGAGCCUGGAGGUCAGCACAGAGGAGCUACAGCAGCACCGCUACACCUGCGCAGCUCAACACCUCGGCCUGGACAACAAACUCAACAUUGAUUUAGAUCAUCACAGGGAAUUGAAUACUACAACCUUGUCGCUGUCUGUACUGGGAGCAGUUGCUGCUUGCCUUCUUGGAACAAGUGUGGUCAUCAUUAUAUGCUGCAAGAGGAAAACAGGCAAGGGCUCUCAGACAUCUCUGCAAAGUAACUACUCACCCACUCAAAGCUCAGAAAGAGAGGAGAUUGAAGGCACCGAAUUAUGAGUUUGAUGCGAAGAACCUGCUGCUUGGACGACAAAGUAGGAAAUGCUGGCAGAGGCUUUACUGGCUGCACUUCAGAGUCAGCCCAGCAGCCUCAUCAGCCAGAUCAGAAGGAGCCCUGAUGUCACUGAUGUGUGUCCAGUGCUUAAUUUGAGGGGGAAGCAAGGGGGAGCUAGCUCCGGAACCUCAGACGAGUGCUCCGGAACCUCAGGGAAAGACAUGACAGACACCCCCUCAGGGGGGAGCCACCCAUCCUCUGCACUCCGGGACCUCCCACUUGACAAAUUAAGCACUGUGUGUGUCCUCAGUGGUGGAACGGUCUCCCAGAGGCAGCAAGACUAACCAUUCAAAUAGGGACUGGGGAUUUUUUAACAAGAGUGACCCACACAGGGCAGUUUGAAAUGAGUAGAAUAUUUGCCGUGGUGGAAAUGAAAGAGAGCCUCCACAGUCCACACAAACAGUUGUCUGGUGAUGCCAUUGUGCAUGUAGCCUAAUGAAUGUUGUGCGCAAAGCCAGUAUUUGUGGUCACUGCAGAGGAUACAUCACUGGUUUUGGCCAUGUGGCUGUGACGCAGAUCUAAACAAAUCCGUUUUGGCUGUAACAAUGGCAACGCGAACGACUGCGUUUCUAGAUUUUCUCACUCUGGAACCCAUUUUCCAAAACUAUCGUUCGAGGCUACUCAGAACGACGGCAUCAUGUAGCUAUGACAGGGGAACGCGUCGCAAAUCUGUCGUUAGCUUAGAAAAAACAUUUCCGUGUAACCAACCCUUCAAUGCUUGAGCUGCCCUAGUCCCAGGCCAGACUCUUGACAUGAUGUAGGCCUGUGUGUGUUUACUGCAUUACUGAAAAAAACAUACCUAACCAGCAUCUGUACUUGUUGUUCUGUAUAUUUCCUGUAGGCCUGCUUGUUGUUCUGUAUAUUUCUUGUGCACUUUGCAUCUGCUAGUGAUGUUGGCUAUGGUUACUGUAUGUCCUCAAUUGUAGGUUGCUUUGGUUAUAAAGCGUCCAAAUGCAAUGCAAUGUAAUGUAAUGUAAUACAAUGUAAUAAUGUAUCCAUAUUAGAGCAGUUUGGGAAAUGGACAUUUUUUGCAUUGGGCACUGCACUGCAUUGUAAAAUGCAUUUUAUAGCUUA